AUGGACCCGACGUCGAGUUUCUUCACGAAGCUGCGGAAGCUGGGGACGACUCUGGAGACAGAAACCGCCAGGUUUCAGCAUGCUUACCAGAACCGGGACCACCACUAUGAAAACGCCGAAAGGGCCAUGCAAACGUAUCACCAAAUGAACUCGCAGGUGAUGGAUAUGAAGAAGCAGGUACGGGCUCGGCUGGCCCAGCAGAGGGUGGAGGAGGAGGAGGUGAACCGCUUUAUAAAGGCGUGUGAGGUGAUGAAGCAGAGGUGUGCUGGAGAUAUUGAAAGGCUGAAGAGGCACUGUGAAAAGUACGGCUACCAAGCCCCCCAAAAGGGCCACAAUCCCACCAAGGUCAAAUGUCAAGAAGUAGAGGCCACGGAUAAAGCAGCGGUAGAGGAAGACGACUCCGGGGAAAUGGACGGAGAAGUGGAGACUGAGCAGGAGGUCAGAGAGACCUCGCUGGAAAUGGUGCUUCCGGCCUGCACCGUGGACCCAUUGCGCACCCCACAGCUCUCUGACUUUGGCCUGUCAAAGAUGCACCUGAGCAGAGUGCUGAGCAGCGUGCAGUUCACUGCGGAAGUAUCUCCCAUGCGCGGGAUGAACCGUUCUCCUCCGCCGCCCUACAUGUCCAUCCAGCCACCCGUGCCCGUGACUCCCAAGCUCCUCCUGCGCAUGGACGAGGAUAAGCUCCAAAUGCUGCAGAUUCACGAAUUUGGGAUCUCCGAACACACAAUGUCUCUCAACAAUGACUUCACCAUGGCCCUCUAUCAGAGGAACAACGAACAAGCUAACAGCGCUCCAGACAGCCUGCCCACAAGGCCAGUAAACUCUGUAAUAGACAACUUGUCUGCAAAGGACAGCGUGGGGUCAGAGACGCCUACAUUUUGCACUCGCAAGAUUACAAUCUGUAAGUCGCAUGACUGCUCCUCUCAACCACCUCCAGUGGGAGGGAGCAACCUAGGGUCCCCUGAUUGCCCUAUUAACCCGCAGACCACCCCUGAGGUCCCUGUGUUUGAAACCCCCUUCAUCAACACGCUCUUCAGCGCAAGCAAGGAGGUGGUGGAAGUUGAACCUGCAGAUGAUGAAAAGCCCAUCUCAGAAAUCCCAACACCCGCUAGUAGAACUGCCACCAAAUGCACCUGGGAGUACAACGUGCCUGAGGUAUCCAGCAGAGAUGCUGGUGAUGGACCGACACCAGAAAUGCCAAGCCUGGAGUCGAAUUUCGGAAGAAAUUUGAAAAGUCUUCUGGCCCAGACUCGAUUGAAGAAACCACCCGCAACAGUACAGCCACAUACCCGGCUAUCAGGGAAGGAAAACGACGUGCUGAGCCUUGCCAUCGUGUCAGAGUGUGAAUUUCAGAGUCUGCCCCGUUACCUCAAGCAGAUGUCCCUGUCCAGCCUCAACCAGGCCAUCCACGAGAUAAACAGUGCGGCGGCAGAAAAAUGCUACGGGGAAGCAACCGAGCUUUGGAUGGAGGACUUGAAGAAGAUCACGGGCAUUGGCACCAUGGCCCCCAUCUACUUCCUCUGUCUGACUGAGCUAAAGAGACUGGAGCUUGUCAAGGGUGCAGGGAGCAACGCUGUGUACAAGCUGAGCUCGCAACUGAAGACCUGA